AAGGGGGAGAGAGAGUCUCCUCCACCAGCUUUUGAUUCAGUGAUGAAGGAGAGAGAGAGCCCGAGAGGGGGAUCUUCUUCUUCCUCUUCCAAUAGAUCCUGUGAUGAGAAUAAUUUGGGAAGCAGCAAAAAGAGUUUAGGCUGGAGGUUGAUGAACAGGUUGAAGAGAGCAUUCCGAACAUCGUCAUCAUCGCUUAAACCUGAAUCCGAUGGUUGGGUUUCAAGCAAAGAGGAAGAGAUUGUGAUGGAGAUGGAGGCGAAGAAAUGGUCGUGAUCAAGAAGGAACGGUCGCUUUAUCACCGAAGGAAUCUUUCCCUGGUGUAAAGUUAGAUCAUCUUGUAGUCGUUAUUUGUUCAAUUUUGGUUGAAAAUACCGUAAGUGAGUACUAACCUUACGAUUAGAGAGAAUGUUGUGCUUAACAUGAAAGUGUCUUCUGUCAUGGCUCAUUCUGUAGCAGUAGCAAUAUGCAUGCCAAUAGGUUUGUGGUUCUCUCUCUCUCUCUCUCUCUCGCGCGCGCGCGCGCUCUCGCUCACGCUCUCUGCAACUAUUAAGAGCACACCUCUACAUAAGCUACAAAGACAGAAAGUUCAAAGUGGAUUGAAAAUGAUAUUCUGUCAUUCUAUAUGAAGCUACGGUGAUGCAUGAUGGAUGAACGGAGAGAGAGAGAGAGAGAGAGGGUGGAGGAAAAAUGGAAUUGAGUGGAAUAAAACUUCAACUCUUUAAGUCUAUAGGAAGAGCAGAUCUAUGGACUUAUGUCACUACAUUGGACUGGAGUAAUCAAGCAACAACGAUCAUCAUCGCCCUGGAUCCUGUAUUCGCAAAUGGGUUCACAUAAAUUUCAGAUUUCUCAUUUCUCCAAUCCAAAAGGAAAAUGGGUUCAUACAAAGCUUCCCCAACUCAGUCCUCUGCAAAUGGGCUCAUACGAAGCAACAGUGGUCACGGCACUGACCCUCCAUCGAUACAGCCCGAGCCAAGAUUGCUGAGAUUGAAGCAAGGUUGUACAAGCAGCUUGAAGAUAUCAUCUUAACACCUCGAUUAGAAAGUAGACCGUGCAAGAAAUAAAUCAAAAACCAAGAAUAGGAACUCUAUUUGAUACAUGUCAACGGUGAAUUACCCGAUUCGCAUGUCGACAGCUCUUGGGAUUCUCGAUUGGUGCUCGUGUCCUCUUUAAACUAUGGAGGUUGUAAGAAGAGAAGAUGUUGCAGAAGGGGGUAGUUGUAAGAUGCAGAAGGCUGAUGAGCAAGGCCACGAUAUGAUCAGCAAAUUGCCGGACUCGGUCCUAAUUCACAUCCUUUCGUUUUUGCCAAUAGCGGAUGCCGUGAAGACUAUCCUGCUCCGAAGAUUCAAGCAUCUAUGGACUUCGAUUCCAAAUCUAGAUUUCUGUGAGAGAACAUACGCUCAUAUCAUUGACGAAGAUGGGUAUUACAACGUGAAAUGUCUCAAGUGGUUUGUCAAUUUCGUCAACAAUGCUCUCAUCCUUCACGAACGCUCCACCAUCCACAAAUUUCGUCUCUCUCUUAAAUUCUAUUUCGAUAAUUCCUUUGAAGAGGAUAUGCAUAUGCUUGGCGGAGAUGAAGUUAUAAGAAAAGCAAAGAAAAUCUCCGGUCAAAUAAGGGACGUAGCAAUUCAGAUUGAUACUUGGAUCCGUUUUGCUAUCAGGAGAGAAGUGAAAGUGCUUGAUCUGGACUUCUUGGGAGGUUGUGGAGAUUCUUCUGCUUCCGAUUUCCCUUGCACAUUGCCGUUCUAUGUUUUCAACAAUAAUUUGUUAACAGAAAUGAAGUUGGUAUACUGUGGUAUCGAACCAUCUUGGCACUUCUAUAUGGGAUCACUCAAAAGUCUUUCUUUGAAAUACAUUCGCUUGCCUAACGAAACCAUCGAUUGUAUUUUAUCUGGUUGUCCAAUGCUUGAAGAUUUGACUCUGAUACGUUGCUAUGACCUUACAAAGCUGAGAUUUACUUCCCCAAAUCUUAAAAAUUUGAUCAUUUACCAUUUUGCUUAUGAGAAAUCGAUGCUAGAAAUAUGUUGCCCCAAUCUCUUGUCUUUAAGAAUCUCUGAGUGCAUAGAUUGGGUUCAUUUAAUGAAUGUAUCAUCAGUGGUUGAUGCAGCCCUUGAAUUUUCAUUCCAUUUCAAAUUCGUUCCUUCUGAGUUUUCUGAGUUCAGAAUGCUUCUUGAGAAGCUUCGGCAUUCUAAGGUUCUUACCAUGUGUACAUGGUGUGUUUUGGUAUUCGCCAUAUGGGAGGCUGCAAAUAUACCUUUUCCGUUGUCCAACUGGAAGCAUGUAGUACUCAAGACAAUGCUGAGCAAGUGGCAUCUCUUAGGAAUAGCAAGUUUACUAAGAAGUGCUCCCAAUCUGGAGAUACUUACUAUACACAUCUGCGCUGGUGGAUCUUCUUUGGAUAGGCAACAGAUUGGAUCAUAUGAUCUUGAUGGAGGAAGCUAUUGGAAUGAACAAGAAUCAACUUGCCAUUGUCUGACAAACCACCUUAAGACUGUCACUAUAUUUGGCUUCAGCCCAGUGCCCUGUGCGAUGCAAUUAGUGGAGUUUCUACUUCAGAAUGCAGUGGCCUUGGAGAAGAUAAUGAUCUACACAAAAAGGAAUAAACAAACUGAUCAGCACAACCAGUUUUCUGCAGAUGAAUUACUGGAAUUUACAAAGAAAUUGCUAAAUUUUCCAAGAGCCUCUAAACAUGCAGUGAUUCUGUUUAGUUGACAAAAAUGUUUACAGUUGAAGUAAAUACACAGCCUGUUUGGUUUAUCCAAUGGCUUUGAGUUUGUGACUGUUGUUUUUGGUUUAUUAUUAAUGGCUGUUGCAGUUAUUUCCAUUUGGUUCUUUUUUAUGUUGACUGAUAUUUUUUAAGCUAG